UGGUUUUCACUUCAACUGUGUCAAGUCAAACUGAAUAAUGCCGGAAAUAUCACGACUUUACAACCAAAAUAAACGUUUGCAAUUAUUAAACCGAUGGCGUAGAGAUAUUAAUGAAGACAGUAUUUUAUUUUGAAACUUUGACCCUGUUUUUCUGUUCUCACUUUUGUCUGGCACAAGGAGAAUGCUGGUUUAUUAGGGACGUUUAGAAAGAAAGGGCAGCACGCUCCCCCCGAGAAGAAGUGGAGUCCGGGUGUUUAUUCCCUCCUGUUUACAACAAGGCCCCACUCUUCUUUUUCCUCGCACCCCUACUUUUUUAUGACACAGUGCAACUCUACCUCAUCUAGCGGGCUGGCUUUCUGAGCAGGAUCUGCUGCUGUCAAAACUUUCUGACAUGGAUUUGUUGCGCCGACGGCGAAGGACGGACUGAAAACUUUGGGAAUAUCCUUCACUCGGCAGCUAGAUACGACAAAACGGUCUCUAAGUGCAACUUCUUAAAAAUAAGUUGUUAAGAGUUCAUUUAGCUGAAGAAAUGCAAAAGCUCAACUCCACCGGUCCCCACGGCCACACGCUGGAGCGGGACGCGGAGCUCCAGCUGCGGCUGGCUGACAGCGCAGGAGCCGGGGAGGGGAAGGAGAACGGCGCAGGGAAGCACUUCCUCUCCCAGCCCGAGGAAGACAGCUCGUUAUGCACCAAGAGGAAGAUGCUUGUCGGUCUGGAUGUAUUAUGCCUUUGUGUCGCCUCAAUUCCGUUCUUUGCGUGUGAGCUGAAGGCAGUGACUCCGUACAGGCGAGGCUUCUUCUGUGGAGACUCCAGCAUCACCUACCCCUAUGUGGAGAGAGAGGCCAUCCCUGAUGACCUGCUCAUUGCUGGUGGUAUAGCCAUUACUGGCCUAGCGAUUGCACUGGGUGAGUGCUACCGAGUGCGUUUUCGAGUUGUACACUCGCGGGCUUUUGUUCGAAACCGCUAUGUGUCGUGCCUGUACAAGGAACUGGGAAGCUUCCUGUUCGGCUGCUGUGUGGGUCAGUCUCUUACCAAUAUGGCCAAAUUAAGCGUGGGACGCCUGCGACCUAACUUCCUGUCUGUCUGUAACAUCACCUAUGCAUCAAUCAACUGCGCUCUGGGCAGCUAUGUGUCCCAGGUCCCCUGCAGGCAGCCUAAUCGGAAGAUGGAGGAGGAGGCAAGAAAGUCUUUUUUUUCUGGCCAUGCUUCCUUCGCAAUGUACACCAUGCUCUAUCUGGCAUUCUACCUGCAGGCACGGUUGUCGUGGCGAGGAGCUCGGCUGUUGCGCCCACUAAUACAGUUCCUCUUAGUGAUGAUCGCCAUCUACACAGGCCUGAGCCGCAUCUCUGACUACCGUCACCACCCCACAGAUGUCCUCACAGGCUUCAUACAAGGAGGACUCACUGCUUACUGGGUGGCUUUCUACAUCUCCUCCAUGUUUAAACCCUGCGCCCGUCCAGACCUGUCUCCGCCUAGCAUGUCUCUGGAAAGUCCACUGUCCAGCCAGCAAACAGUCUGUUAGCAGGCACAUACAAUCAUUCCAGGAAUCAGAAGAUAAGGGAAGAUGGACUACAGAAAGACAGGGAGAAUGUUACAGGGCACAGAGAGAAGACAGAGAAAUUUUAGUUUUUGAGCAAAUGAAUCAUUCUAAGAGAAGAAUAUGUUAUAAAGCAAUGGAGUACAAUCUAACACAUGCUUGAUCUUUUGAGUGAACUGAUAAACAUGACUUCACAAAGUAAUCUAACACAUCCACACAUGUUAAAUAUAAGAAGCACAUUUAACUGUGAGUCCGACCCGUCCCGUGAAAAGAACCGUCUAGUAAUAUGACAAAUAUUUUUUAUAUAUGAGAAAUAAAUAUAUAUAUUUUUUAUUUUUCAACAGGAUUUUAGAAGCUGCUAAUGUUCAUAGUUGCUAGUUUGAACUUGUUUUCUUCUGUGAUGGAGGCGUCUGGUCAGUGCAUUUGGUUAGCUUUCGAAUCAGAACCGGUCACUUUUUGGUCUCGUGUGAGAAGAUGUCAGCCUCCUUGGAGAACAUCCGCCAGCAGCUGUGAACUGAGGGUGUCAGGCCUCAGAUGUGAAGACAACUCUGUGCAGAGUGACAGAACUGGCAGUGAUAAGGAUCAAGCACUGGCUUCAACCUCUAAUGACUUUUACUUUUGGUGGCCAAAUGUGCUACUGCCAGUCUGCCCCACAUCACCACAGUAUAACUAAACAAUAACCCUGUUACGUACAGCAACUAAAUAAACACAGUAUUUGUGCUGUAUUACAAUAUUAUCUUUCUUUUUGAGUAACCAAGGCAGUGAUGGGGAGGAAUCUGACCCGGUAACUUCCCUUUUCACUGCCACUUUUCUGUACUAACUACUUUGACUGUGUCUCAGAGGUGGAGGUUUGACUGAAUUUUGUGACCUUUGGCCUAUGCCCCCGGACCCCAGUCUCUGAGCUGCACCUUGAUUUAUGCCACUCUGACAGGAGAGCCAAUGUGGCUGCGACCCCAGCGGCCCUCCUGUACAUCCUUAUUAAUAGCACUUGAACGUACUUAAUGGAACCUUCUAGAUAUAAUCAAUAUUAUAUCACAAAUUUGAAUAAUCAGUGUUUAUUUUUGUCAAUGUCAAACUCAUACACUAUGUUUGUUUUUUGUUUGUUUGUUUGUUUGUUUUUUGAAAUGGUAAUUAUUCAAAUUGAAUGUAAAUAGAUGUGUCAUUUUAUAAAUCACAGAGAAUUUCAAAAGUAUUAGUUCCAGUUUUGGACAUUUUCUACAUGUUUAUGUUAAGUGUUGUUAUUGACAUUUGUGUUGAUGAGGUACUGAGACUUAUUAUUGUAUCUGUCAUAACUACUAGACUGAGCCACAGAUAUUAUCAGAAAGCUAUAUUUUUUGUGUUCCCAGUUAUUGUUAUUUGUUUGUUUUGUCUGUGAGUGCCUGAAAGGCAGAAAUAACCACUAUACUCAAAAAAACCAAACCAA